ACCGGAGACUAAUAAUAAUUUUUUUAAGAAAAUGGUCGACACACCACAUAUCAACUUUGUUUCAUUUAUUUCUGUUUACUGCUAUUUGUAGUAUUUAAUUUUUUUUAUGUAGAAACAUUUAAUUUCCUUAUUUUUGAAGGCUCAACAGCAUUUCUUUGCAUGUGCCUAAGACUUUUGCACAGUCCUGUAUGUGAAAGUGUAAAUUAAGAGCAUAACAUCUAGUUUUUUUCUCUUUAGAUGAAUUGCACAAAUUGUAACUCCCUCAUUAACCAAACCAAAGCAUGUCCAGUGAAGUCCCAGCCUAUUUUCAUCUCUGUGCUGAUUAGCCUGGUCCUCUUGCUUGGGUUUUUCCUGAACAUCUUCAGCAUGUGGGUCUUCAAGUACCGCACUCCUGAGUGGAAGUCUGGAACGGUUCUCCAGUUCCAUCUGGCUAUCAGCGAUCUCAUUUUAUGUCCUCUAGCACCAUUCUUAGUGGUUUACUUUGCCAUGGGACACUGGCCUUUUGGAAGAGAGAUGUGUCGGUUCAAGAUUGUCCUGAUGAUCGUCCACUUUUAUGGUAAUAUCUUCUUUCUUACUCUCAUAAGCAUCCACCGUUACAUAUCCGUGGUCUACCACAGUCAGGAAUUCCGCAUGAAACAGAAGGACUUUGUAAAGAAGCUUUGCAUAGGAGUUUGGGCUGUCGUGCUCAUUAAAGGAGUGGUGUGUAGUCUGCUUCUGGACAUAAGCACAGUGGGGAAACACACGCUGUGUCUCAGUAUCCACCAGGAACAAUACAUCAAGGUGUAUUUUUUUGCUAACUUCAUUCUACUCUUACCCGGAUUCCUGAUCCCGUUCACGAUAUCGCUGGUUUGCUACAGCCGCUUGGCAAGAUCCAUGUCUGGCAUCAACAUCUGCCAUCAGAAAGGCAAGCUCAUGAAGAGUAAGUCAUGCAAAAUGGUGGCUGUUUGUCUGCUGAUUUUCGGACUGUGUUUCACGCCCAUUAAUGUGAUUCGUACCGUACUCGUGGUGGUCAAGAAAUUCUACCCCGAAAACUGCCGUCUGCUUUUGCACGUGGAAACAUCGUACUACGUCUCCUGGAUCCUGUCUUCAGCCAACUGCUGUCUUGAUCCACUGAUCUAUUGCUUUGCCUCGCAGAAAUUUAUGGGAGCCUUCCGCAGCUCGCUGAGGAAAAUAGGAGUCAGGUUCCAAACAACUCGGGAGGAUAUUGAGAAUGAGAGCGCUCUGAACACACACGUCGUCCCCACUCCUAGGACCAUUUAGAAAAAGUGACCAUCUUGUAAUUAAG